UAUCAAGCAACCAUCAGCCAAACCUUGAACAAGUAAAAAUACUGCAAACGGAAAACCAUUACCACAGAAGACUCACAUUAGAAAUGUUACACAUCAACAAUCUACACACAACAGAGAGAAUAAAUUUUAAGAGCGACACAGAUAACGCAGCUUAUUGCUAUAGGCAUUUGACACAAAAGAAGAGAUCGUGCAAUAUGUAAACAAAAUCAGUGCAAUAUUAACAGCCGACGAUGAUAGUGCAUUCUAUCGUAGUUAUUAAGUUAACUUGACGAUUAUUGUUUACAAAAUAUUAUAUUAUCUUGUAGAUCCCCUGAAGAUGCAAUUUAUACAAUUGCGAAAUAUCGGAGAUCAAAAAUGAAAUAAAAUAAAAAACUGGCCUAAAGCUCAAAAAAACUCAUAUUAUUAAAUAUAUUGGAAAAUAGGUCGAAAAAACUCACACUUAUAAUAUAUAACACGGAGAGCACGCCGAAUACCAACAACAUGAUCUACAGAAACAUCAAGUAUAAAAACAACAUCAAACACAGCAUUAACAAACACAAAAACACAAAAGUGAAGAUUGCCAAAACAAAAUGCUCUUUAACUUUUCUAAUUCGAUGUCGUAACAACGGCAUCAUUCCUAACUUUAUUAAAAAUGCCUUAAAAAAUAUUCACAAUAUUUUUAAGACACCUCAAAUAUACCACAUUAAAAAUACAUUAAAGGGAUACAUUGAUACUUUUCAAAACAAGAUUCUCAAUCUACUAAUUAAACAGAAACAUUACGAAAUAAAGAACAAUCAAAGGGAUCAACAAAAUAUAGAAAAAACUUUGGGAGAAAAUCUAACACAACAAGAGAUAAACAUAGUUACUCAAAACGAAAGCAAAAUAAUAUCGAACAUGGAGAACGAAAUAAAAAACACACAGAAAAGAAAAUUCGAAAAACUUAAACAACAACAAAUGAUACAACUUGGCAUAAAACAGAAUGAUAAAUGGUUUGUAAACAAAACAAACACUCAAUUCCCCGAUGACGUGAAAUGGCUUCUUUCGCUUGGAGAGAAAUUUGGACUUCCAACAACAAAAUCACAAUUCCCACUAUUUAAACUAAUAGCAGACGGCGAAGACGUAAUACAAACAUGGAAUGACAAAGAACAACAAGAAAUGAUGAGGACAAAGUUCACAACAAUGAUAGACACACAUAUGAAUAAGAUGAAAGAGAGUGAACGAGAUAAAUUUAUCAACAGCACAGUGGACCGCACCAAAACUUUUUUGAAACAAAAUAAAAAUAUAUUAAUUUUAAAUGCUGACAAAGGAAAUGUUACGGUUGCAAUGGACAUUAAUGACUACAAACAGAGGAUGAACAGUAUUAUUUCAGAUAUGAUGACAUAUCAACGGGUGAACAAAGAUCCAACAACAGGUUUGAUAAAAAAGAAUAAUGAACUGGUGGAGGAGCUAUACAAAAACAACAUUAUUACGACAAUGGAAAAGAAAAAACUCAGAAGUGACGUGGCUACAGCUCCAAGAUUGUAUGGACUACCAAAAAUCCACAAGGUAGAUUUCCCGUUACGCCCGAUCUGUUCUUCAAUCAAUUCUCCGUCGGAAGAACUGUGCAAAUAUGUGGUUAAAAUUUUAAAAAAUCUUACCAAAUUCUCCAAAUAUAACGUUCAAGACUCAAUGGCGUUCAAAAACAAAGUUAAAAAUAUGACGAUUAAAGAAAAUGACAGGAUGGUUUCGUUUGACGUAGUAUCACUCUUCCCAAGCAUACCGAUAGAUCUUGGUAUUCAAAUAAUCGACGAAAGGUGGGAAGAACUAAAAGAAUACACAAAUAUGACAAAGGGCCUAUUUUUAAGUAUUCUAAAAUUUUGCAUUAAAGACAACCGAUAUUUCAAAUACGACGACAAGAUAUAUAAACAAAAGAAAGGACUGCCAAUGGGUUCACCAGCUUCUCCAGUUGUGGCGGAUAUAGUCAUGGAGAAACUCUUAGACACCUGCAUGGAAAAACUGACGACAAAACCCAAAAUAUUAACGAAAUACGUGGACGAUCUCUUUGUGAUAACUGGGGAAGAUGCAAUCAAUGAUACAUUGAAUAUACUUAACAGUUUCAGCAACAAUAUCAAAUUCACCAUGGAGGAUGAAAUGAAUGGAUGUUUACCAUAUCUAGACACAAUAAUAUAUAGAAAUAAGGACAAAUUAGAAUUAGACUGGUAUCAGAAACCCACGGCAUCGGGAAGAAUUAUAAAUUUCUUUUCGAAACAUCCCAAGCAAAUGAUUAUAAACACUGCAAAAAAUUUAGUACAUAGAGUAAUGAGCAUUAGUGACGAGAAAUUCCAUAACAAGAACAAACACAAAAUCCGAGAUAUUCUAACAAACAACAAUUUUCCAAUAAGAAUAAUAAAUAGAUUAAUAGGACGACGGAAUACUACUAGAGAAACCCAAAAAGAUGAAAAGAUAUAUAAAUCUAUGAUUUACGUACCAAAUUUAUCAGAACGAUUCCAGAACUCAAAUUUAUAUGACAAGAACAAAUAUAUAAUAGCCCAGAAAAACAACAACACUCUCAAAAAGCUAUUUAGCCAUACAAAAGACAAAAUACAAAAUCCUGAUAAACACAAUGUGAUAUACCAAAUACAAUGCGAUGGCAACCCUAACGAAAAAUGUGGGAAAUAUUAUGUUGGUACCACAAAAAAUAAAUUGAAAACUAGACUAUCAGCCCAUAAGUCUGAUUUAAAAAUGAGAAACCAAAAUUACACACAAAAAACAGCGCUUGCGGAACACUGUAUAUCAAGCAACCAUCAGCCAAACCUUGAACAAGUAAAAAUACUGCAAACGGAAAACCAUUACCACAGAAGACUCACAUUAGAAAUGUUACACAUCAACAAUCUACACACAACAGAGAGAAUAAAUUUUAAGAGCGACACAGAUAACGCAGCUUAUUGCUAUAGGCAUUUGACACAAAAGAAGAGAUCGUGCAAUAUGUAAACAAAAUCAGUGCAAUAUUAACAGCCGACGAUGAUAGUGCAUUCUAUCGUAGUUAUUAAGUUAACUUGACGAUUAUUGUUUACAAAUCCCCUGAAGAUGCAAUUUAUACAAUUGCGAAAUAUCGGAGAUCAAAAAUGAAAUAAAAUAAAAAACUGGCCUAAAGCUCAAAAAAACUCA